AUGACAUUCGAUACACCACCGCCAGCUGCACCAGUGUCUCCCUCUCUCAAAUUCAGUCCUCAAAAACACAAGCUGUUGACAUUGGCUGCCGGAUGCUUCUGGGGAACAGAGCACAUGCUUCGUAAGCACCUCGGGCACAAGAUCGUGGACCUGGUGGCAGGAUACGCCAAUGGCAAUGUUCCUACCGACACGAAGGGCGUCACAUACGAGCGAGUUUGUGUAGGUAACACCAAUUUCGCAGAGGUGGUCCAGGUCGCUUUCGAUCCCGAGGUGUUGGGAUUGAGUGAGCUUUGUGAUUUCUUUUUCCGCAUGCACGACCCCACCACGCUUAAUGCCCAGGGCCCUGAUGUGGGCACCCAGUACCGCAGUGCGUUGUAUGCGCAUUCCGACGAGGACUUGAGCCAGGUGCGCCAGAUCCUUGAGCGCUGGCAGCCUCGCUGGGCCAACUGCAUUAAGACCGAGGUGGCCCUUGCUGAGUCUUUCUACGACGCGGAAGAAUACCACCAGCGCUAUCUAACGAACAACCCCACGGGCUACCAAUGCCCCACCCACUACCUCCGGAAUGUCUAG